UGGCCUGGCAGAGCCCCGACUGGAGGUGCUUCGGGUGAGCCAGCUGCGGGGAGGGCCAGCAGGCGGGUCUUUGCGAAACAGGACACGGCUCAGCUCCCCUUACCCACAGCCACCCAGGGCCUCACGGGCGUGCCCAUCCGAGGACUGUGAUGCUGGGCAGGAGGAGAAAGGACUGGUCCUGCUCGUUGAUCGUGGCGUCUCUCGUGGGCGCCUUCGGCUCCUCCUUCCUCUACGGGUACAACCUCUCGGUGGUGAACGCCCCGACUCCGUACAUCAAGGCCUUUUACAACGAGUCAUGGGAAAGAAGGCGUGGACAUCCCAUAGACUUGGACACUCUGACUCUGCUCUGGUCUGUGACCGUGUCCAUAUUCGCCAUCGGUGGACUCGUGGGAACGUUCCUGGUGAAGCUGAUCGGGAAAUUUCUUGGGAGGAAGAACACUUUGCUGGUCAACAAUGGGUUUGGGAUUUCUGCCGCAUUGCUGAUGGCCUGUUCUCUCCCAGUUGGAGCCUUGGAAAUGCUCAUCAUGGGACGUUUCAUCAUGGGCGUGCACGGAGGCAUCGCCCUCAGCGCGCUCCCCAUGUACCUGAGUGAGAUCUCACCCAAGGAGAUGCGCGGCUCGCUGGGGCAGGUGACUGCCAUCUUCAUCUGCGUCGGUGUCUUCGUGGGGCAACUGCUGGGCCUCCCGGAGCUGCUGGGAAAGGAGAGCACCUGGCCAUAUCUGUUUGGAGUGAUUGUCAUCCCCGCCUUGGUCCAGCUGGUGAGCCUGCCCUUUCUGCCCAAGAGCCCGUGCUACCUACUCUUGGAGAAGCAUGACCAGGAGGGAGCUGAGAAAGCCUUCCGGACAUUCCUGGGCAAAGAGGACGUCUCCCGCGAGGUGGAGGAGGUCCUGGCGGAGAGCCGCGUGCAGAGGAACAUCCAGCUGGUAUCCGUGCUGGAGCUGCUCAGGAGUCCCUUCGUCCGCUGGCAGCUCAUCACCGUGGUCAUCUCCAUGGCCUGCUACCAGCUCUGCGGCCUCAAUGCGAUUUGGUUCUACACCAACAGUAUCUUUGGAAAAGCUGGAAUCGCCCCAGAAAAGAUCCCAUACAUCACCUUGAGCACAGGUGGCACUGAGAUUCUGGCUGCCAUCUUCUCUGGCUUGGUCAUCGAGCGCAUGGGACGGAGACCCCUCCUCAUUGGCGGCUUUGGGCUGAUGGCCCUCUUCUUUGGGAUCCUCACUAUUACACUGAUGCUGCAGGACCACGCACCCUGGAUCCCUUACCUGAGUAUCGUGUGCAUUCUGGCCAUCAUCGCCGCCUUCUGCAGUGGGCCAGGUGGCAUUCCCUUCAUCCUGACCAGCGAGUUAUUCCAGCAAGCCCAGCGGCCAGCUGCCUUCACCGUGGUGGGCACUGUCAACUGGCUCUCCAACUUCGCCAUCGGCCUCCUCUUCCCAUUCAUUCAGAAAAGUCUGGACACCUACUGUUUCCUGGUUUUUGCUGCAAUCUGCUUCGCAGGUGCUCUCUAUUUGUAUUUUGUCCUGCCUGAGACCAAAAACAGAACCCAUGAAAAAAUCAGCCAGGCAUUCGCCAAAAGGAACAAGGCAUACCCACCAGAGGGGAAAACUGACUCAUCGGUAACUGAUGAUAAGACGAACAUACAGCCUGAACCAGACUCCUCCUCUGCACUGGAGAAAUGAGUCAAAAAACAGGUUGUCUGAAUGG